AUGCUGAGACUUUGUGCAUUUGUGAGCACUGAGAGUUCCCUCCUGGCCGUGAUGGCAUAUGACCGAUAUGUGGCCAUCUGUAACCCACUGCUGUAUACAGUCACCAUGUCCCAGACAGUCUGUGUAUGGCUGGUAGGCUACAUAGCUGGGUGUGUGAAUUCGGCAUUUCAGACAGGAUGUGUGUUUCGACUGUCCUGCUGUGGAUACAAUGUCAUUGAUCAUAUCUUCUGGGACAUCCCCAAGCUUCUGAAGCUCUCCUGCUCCGAUAACUGCCUCUCAGUGACCGUUUCUGUCCCUUUCUCUGCUCUAAUUGGUAUGAGCACCAUUUCACCUAUUCUGGUCUCCAAUUUCUGCAUCUUCUCUGCUAUUCUGCAGAUCUGCUCUGCUAAGGGCAGGCACAAAGCCUUCUCCACCUGCACCUCCCAUCUGACCUCUGUGGCUUUGCUUUAUGGGACUGGUUUCUAUAUGUACAUACAUCCCAACUUAAAGUCUGGGCUGGAUAGUGAUGUGGUGGUUUCUGUGUUUUACACACUGGUGAUCCCCAUGUUGAACCCCCUGAUCUACAGCCUGAGGAACAAGGAGGUGAAGGACGCCCUGAGGAGAGUGAUUAGGAGCUCCAUAGUCUUCAACAUAUCUGUGGAGCCAUUCAUCCGAGCAACUGCCAGCAGUCCAAAUGGCUUCAACCUGUAUAGCAACAGGAUGAACAUCCUGGCCUAUGCAGAUGAUCUAGUCCUGAUCGCAGAUAACCCCGAGAAUAACCUCCAAGGAAUACUAGAUAUCAUGAGCCCUGCUGCCAACUGGAUGAGACUCCGCUUCAACACCAUGUCCUUGUUCCACAAUUGCAUUUAA